AUGAACGAAAUUCCGAUUGUAUUAUUUUCUGUUAAGAAUAAAGGAAAUACUUUGUUCUUCGAUGCAUAUUCUCAGACCGAUUCCAUUAAUUACAAUUCAAAUGUGACCCCGCGUGAAUACUCUAACUACUAUCGCUUUUAUGUAAACAAGUACAAAAAUUAUAAUUCAAUUAAUGUGCAAUCUGACCAAUUAAAAAAUAGUGUUUUUGAGCAAAAAAUUGAUCUUUCAAAUGAAAAAAACAGACGUUGUGUUUGUAGUUCAAGUGAAUAUAUUGAAUUAGAAGGUAAUCAAUUGAAAAAUGGCAUUCCAAUUACUCAUGUACCACGUGAGAACGAAAUAGAUCCUAAUCUAAACGAUUUUGGAACAAAAAAUUGGCAAGUAACCAGUUAUGUGAAAAGCCAAAGCCCAGAACUCAACUUUCGUCAUUCAAGCUCUGAAAUUCAUAAUAUUCGUUUAAAUAAUAGUCCAUAUUUAUACACAAAUAAAAAUUAUACUAAAUACCCAUCAAAACAAAAUAAUAUGGGUGAAAGACAUUAUAAUAGAGAAUUAUGUAGGCAUUGCCAAUAUUCUUCUGUAAAAAACAUUGAUUUUUAUAUUGAUCCAUCUCCGAAAUAUAAUUUUAUUUCAAAUUCUAUUCCUGAGGCUUUAACAAUGACUAUUAUGAUAGGCGUUAAUGCAGUUGUUGAAAUCAUUGCUAGUAUUGCAGUGAAAUUUUGUGCGAGAAUUCCUGAUAAGGACGAAUUAUAUCCAGGAACUGGAUGUGUUCUUAUGGACUAUUUAAAUGAUAAAAUUGAUCACUUAUUAAAUGAUCAAGCUGAAAUUCACGACGAAUCCACAGAAAAUCAACAAUCUGAGAACGACACAAAAAGUUCGAAUAUAAACUGCGAGGCAUGGAUCAGCAACAAACUUGACGAAAUCAUGAAUCAUUCUAAUUACAAAGACAGUGAAAACAAAAUCCCUUAUAAAUACAACGGUCUAUAUGACGCACUAAUCAAGAACUGCUAUCACAAGGCCGAUGAGUCAGGUUUUGACCCAGUUAAAUAUUCAGAGAACUUGCCGUACACCCUCCCAUUUGUUAGCGCUAGAACACAAACUCUCCGGAGAGGAUUCAUAGAUUAUCCAGAAACUAAUUCGUAA